AUGUCUUUCAAACGCAGUCAUGUCCAUCGGCGAGGACACAAUGAUGUGGUGGACGUUGACUUCGAUUCUGACUUGAACCAGAACAAAGUUCUCGGCGAUAAUGAGGGCGCCCUGCCGACGCUGAGCAAGCGGGUAGUGACGGUCUACGAGACGCAAACCCCAGAUGGCUGGGACGGCCUUGGUCUCUUGACGACUCUUGAACGUGCGACCAUCACGCAAGUUGUCCAACAGACAGUAACGUCGACUGAGGGAGACGAACCAACUCCCACUCCGGCUGAGACGUCCCCGAGGAUUUCUAUGGGCGCUCCUGCUGUCAAGGGCACUCCUACGAGCAGCAGCGCCAUCGCCAGCAGCACCAGCAUCAACCGAGGCGGCAACGACGAUGAUACAUCAUCGUCACUCCCCACGGCCAUUAUGGCAUCCACAGCAUCCGAUGCGAGCGCUGGGGGCCCACUGGCGUUGGCCACCGAAGCGUCAAGCUCUUCCAGCACCUCCAAGCCAUCAACGGCCGCAGACUCCACGGCUGCCUCGGCCGCAUCAGCAACUCAGUCAGAAUCGUCCGGUACAAGUUCCGGCUCAAGCGGCGCAGCAGCCAAGGCAGGCAUUGCGAUCGGCGUCCUGGCUGGUGUUUUCGUCAUUCUCGGUUUGGUGUAUUUUCUGGUCGCCAAGCGGAAGAGGCAGAUGCGAGAGGAGCAACGUCUGGCCGAUGACGAGAAGCUCAAUGGCCCAUUUGGAGACCAUGCUCGUGCCCCUCCGACUCCAGCGAAACCCCCGCGCCUCAGUUUGCGGCCGAUGACCCAGCUGUUCCUAGGAGGCCCGAACACCGCGGAGAAGCGAGCCAGCAAGGGGCCUCAACAGAACAUCGCCAUGGUGGCUAGCCCGACCAUGAAGCGGGCUCCAGGUGCCAGCGCUUGGGAAAGGCCCAUGACCGGUGACAGUCAGGAUGCGCGCAACCCGUUCGGAAACCACGCUGAGACUAUCCUGGAAGAGCCUGCUACGCCUAGAAACCCUGCCAGCCCCAUGACGCCAAUCAGCGAGGUCAGCAUGAUCGCGUCGCCCACGUUGACACCUGGCCUCGCCCCUGCUCCUCGAGCUUCUGCUAUCACGACCGAUUCUGCGGUUCUGGCCCCGAUUGUCACGCACUCCCCGCCGCUCUCUCCGCAUCCUCCGCAGCAAGGCGCUCCCGGCGGUGCUGCUCCUGCGCCUUUGCAGAUGCAUCCUGCUGGUCCUGCCGCCUCAACGCCUGCUGCGUCCGAAGCUGCCGCUGUACCGACGGCCGCGGCAGCAGCUGGCCCAGCUGGCGCAGUUGCUAGUGCCACAGCUGCGACUGGGCUGCAACGCAAGCAAUCCGUACGGAAGGACAAUGUUCCCGCGCCUCUUGAUUUGACUCUACCCCCGAAGCUCGGCCCUGUGCCCCCUAGUCCGGCUGGCACUGAGUUCAGCGUGCAUGAAGUCGAGUCUGGCCAGGCAUCAGAACCAUCAGCUGGUGCUGCUGCGAUCGCCGCUGCAGGCGGACCUGCAGACUCGUCGGUUCACCGUGUCCAGCUCGACUUCAAGCCGACUAUGGAUGAUGAGAUGGAACUGCGCACCGGCCAGGUCGUGAGACUGCUUCAUGAGCACUCUGCAUUCGCCUUGACCGAUCUCAGCAAGGAGUUGUUCCCCGAACUUGUCUGUCUACUCGUCCCGUCAAGCCCAGGCCCCCACCUCAGCAAGCGGGCCCCCGAGGGCCACCGGUCAACCCUCAGGGACGACCCCGAGGCCCUUCUGUGA